CCAUAUCCUCCGGCUGCGCUCUUCAAUCAUAAUCACUGCGCGCACAUCUUUCCUCCGAUCCCUCAAUGACCCGCAGCUACCUACGCAAGAUGCUUCUUGCAGUGCUAUGACCGACGAUGCAGGGGAUCCCUAGGGCCGCACACUCUAAUAGGGGAUCAGCCUCUGAGAAACCCCCGCUCAGGGUCUUUUCCUGGCGGGUUGAUGUGUGGACAAGUCAUCAGGGUCCUCGUCGCUCGACCUUCUGGCCGCGACGAUGGGAGGCGUCCUCGCGAGUUUUGCCAAGCCGCGACGGAAGGCGUGUUCUCCAGUGCCGUCAUUCGGUUGGCAACAUGCGGAUUCUCUCUCUCGCGAUGCUCAACCUCCGCCAAACGUGAAUCGACAUCGAUCGUUCAGCAAGACACCGUUCUCUGUCGACAACACGCACAUCAAACCCCCUUGCUUUUCCCAGAAAUGGCCUCCCCUCCGACAGACUACGGCUGGACACUUCACCCACACCUCUACGAUCUAGGCGACGGAUGGGCGUGGCCGGCUUCGGCGUUUGCUGUCAUGGAGCCGUAUGUUAAGCGAGGGGCUGGGGAGGCGUUGGGUGGGGAGGUGGGGAUGGACGCGAGACGGGAUGGGCAGAUGGAUGGGGACGGAACAACGGGUGGAGCGGGGAUGGGGAUACGGGACGGGGAGAGUAGGAUGGGCGAUGCGGGUGAGAACUUCCAGGACGCGGCCCACGAACCACCAAACGAGGACGAGGAUACCGGACCGCCCGUCGUCGCACCCCCCAACACACGAAAACGCAAACGGAACCCAAACCCCGCCCAAAUGGACACCGUCGACCCACACCUCCUCGCCUGGUUGGAAGAAGCCCGCAAAGCCCUUGUGCAGGCGUUGAGCGGCCCCACAUCGGCACUUGGGACCAAAGGGAUAUCUGAGGAUACGAGCAGGGACGCGGGAGAUGGAUUCCAGGACCUACAUCUCGUCAAGUUCGGCGACCUGGCAAGCUUGGGAUGUGAUUUCGACAGCGACGUGGAGGAACUUUCAUUCUCCGACAUUCAGGACGACGCCAGCAAACUCUUCAACACCAUCCUCCGCAACGCAUCUGGAGGGACGUACAUGCUCGAAGUGUUUGGACAUACAUAUGUCGUGCCGCGGGGGGCUGUGAUGUGUAUGUCGGAUCUGGGGAGGUGUGGGCGGGUGUUGGGGACAUUGGGGCAGUUUGAUUGUAUUGUUAUGGAUCCACCAUGGCCCAAUAAGAGCGUUCGCAGAUCCGCCCACUACACCCCCCUCGACAUCUACACCCUCUUCACCCUCCCCCUCCCCUCCCUCCUGGCCCCCGGCGCCCUGAUCGCAGUGUGGGUGACCAAUAAACCCAAAUACCAAACAUUUGUGCGGGAGAAGCUGUUUCCGGCGUGGGGGGUUGGAGUGGAGGCGGAGUGGUAUUGGGUGAAGGUGACGAGGGGCGGGGAGUGGGUUUUGGAGUUGGGGAGCCUACACCGGAAGCCGUAUGAAGUGCUCAUCAUCGGCCGCAAACCGGGCGACCCGGAGGAGGAGCCCACAAUCGACAUCCCCGCCCGCCGCGCAAUCUGCUCCGUCCCCAGCAAAUACCACUCCCGCAAACCAUUCCUAGACGACGUGCUGACACCCUACAUCCCCGCGACCGCACGCAAGCUGGAACUGUUUGCGCGGAAUCUUUUGCCGGGGUGGACGAGUUGGGGGAAUGAGGUUUUGAAGUUUAAUGACGGGGUGUACCUUGAGCGAAGAAGUGGUGUUGAUAAAGAGGUGGAGGGCGAAGAGGAUAGGAAGGAGAUAUAAGCGUGGUUCGGGGUUGGAUGCGGGAAUAGGAGAUUGUUGACGGCUUGUGCAGAAACGACGGGACUGUUGCAUUUCGUGCUGUCCGUUAGUCAAGUAUUCGUGACCCAUACUUGGAGAAGCAAUGUCCUAGCCCCUGGCUACUGCAGCGCGAUAUGGCCCCCUCAAGAGAUCCCGGCCUUCCGGAUGUGAGCGCUGAGCGUCCAGCACGGCGUGGGGUGAGACCGCGCGCGUGUAAGAGCUCGUGGAAGCGGGACGAGCUGUCGAAUUUCUCGUUCCUUGUCGCAUCUUUCAGUUGACUCGCUUGUUCCCGCACUACGUGCCCAUCCGUGGCAUAUACAGUACAUAUACAUAGAUAACAGCUCUCGUUAUCAACUCGGAUAACCUCCCUUUCACUUCCUUCCCUUGUGAGUUACAAUAAAGACAGUUGUGGUGGUGUUUGGUUUGCAAGCGUUGGUGGUG